AUGGCUGGCGGUGGAAGCAGAUACCGCCACUUGAGCCGCGACUCCGCGCAUCGACAAGCCCUGCUCCGAAACCUGGUGACCUCCCUCUUCAAGCACGAGUCAAUCACCACUACAUGGCCUAAAGCCAAAGAGGCUCAGCGCCUGGCUGAGAAGUUGAUUACUCUGGGCAAGAAAAACACCGAAGCAAGCCGGCGACGGGCAUUGGAGAUUUUCUACACACCGCACGAAAUGCUCCCCAAACUCUUCGGUCCCCUCCGCGAGCGCUACGCAGACCGCCCAGGUGGCUAUACACGAGUCCUGCGCAUAGAACCCCGCGAAAAGAACGAGUACUUCUCCGCCAAGAAGGGCGACAAGAACGCAAUUCGAGAGCCCAAACCCCAGGCUAAGGCUCCCACUGCUAUCCUCGAGCUGGUCGAUGGGCCGAAGGACAUUCGUUUCGCCAUGACGGCACGCACAGUGGCGCGUGAGCGCGAGCAGGGCCGGGACCUCGUGCACUCGCUCACGAGAUUGAAUGUCAAGAAGGUUACACAGUUCCGGAAGGACGGUGUUGAGGUCUUGGAACGGGCGAUUUCCAAGCUCAGCCUUGCUAAGAAGCAGAAUGAUAAGCUCGCUAAGAAGGAGACUGAGUCGAGGGAUUAG